UCAAUAAUGGCGGCCACUACUUUUUCUACUGCUCUGAUUAUUGUUCUUGCUGGGCUCCUUUUACGAUCUAGAGUCCAGAAAAUCUGUAGAAUUUCACCAGAAACUUUUAAAGAUGCUGAUGGUCUCCUCUCUUAUGGAAUUCCCAACGACAUAAGCCUGGAGGAGAGUACUUUUGUACAAGUCUCUUAUCGAGUGGCAUCCAAGAUGGCGGCGAUUUCCUCUCAUCGAAAUCUCACGUGGUCCCUUCUGCUUCUUUGUGGCGAUKUUUCUGUAAACCCUGGUCCUGCAGUUCCAUCUACAAGUGGUACUAAGAUUAAGUGCGGAUUGUGUAAGCAAGCUAUAUCCUGGAACCUUCGUAACAUCUGUUGUGUUGAUUGCAAUCGCUGGUUUCAUAUCUCAUGCCAGUCCCCUGAAAGUACAGCUUCGUUGUCUGCCUUAAAUAGAAGUCUUGUCUCCUGGUCCUGCCCUUCGUGCAGCAGCCCAAAUUAUUCUAACUUAUUGUCUUAUCACAGUGCAGUUGGCGUAUCAAAUUCGUUUGAUUCACUUAGUACCUCCAGCAACUCUCCUGACUCACCUGCAUCUAGCUUUGGGCUACCUGUGGCAGCAUCCUCACCUGGACUUGUGAACACAGAUCCAUCACCAAAGGCCUUUACUUCAAGACGAAAAACACGUCCUCUGCGUUUUUUGAACCUAAAUUGUCGAUCUAUUAGAAACAAAAAGCCAGAAUUCUGGAACCUCAUUGAUUGUACAAGGCCAGAUAUUAUUGUUGUGACCGAAUCUUGGCUAAACUCUGACAUAGGUGACGGUGAGCUUUUUCCUCCCCAAAUGGCUGGUAACUACAACAUAUUUCGCCGAGACCGAGUGAGCACCCUGGGCGGCGGUGUUUUCAUUGCCGUCUCAAGUAAGCUUUCAUCUAGUAGAGAACCCUCCUUGGAGACCGAGUGUGAAAUCUUGUGGGUUAAAGUGAAAGUUACUGGCUGCAAAUCCUUGUAUAUUUGUGCAUUCUAUAACCCUGAUGAAAGUAAUGCCUCAAGCUUAGAGAACUUUGAGAUUUCCCUCCARCGAAUUCCCAGUGAGUCUGCGCACAUCUGGAUAGCAGGCGACUUAAAUCUUCCAGGUUUUGAUUGGAAGCACAACUGCCUGCUGCCAAAUUGUCGAUAUMCUGAGCUUACCCGAAAGUUUGUAAACUGCCUUGAUGACUAUGACCUGGCCCAACUUGUAAAGGAACCAACUCGAGGGAACAAUGUUUUGGACCUAUUUAUAACUAACAACGAGAGUCUUAUUACCAAAACGCAUGUCAUCCCUGGUAUAAGUGACCAUGACGCUGUGUUUGUGGAGGGUAAUAUCAGUCCAAUUAUCAACAAACAAAGACAGAGACUGAUACCAUUAUACAACCAAGGUGAUUGGGAUGGGCUCAGAGCACACAUGUCAAAUUUCGCUGACAGGUUUGUGAGCUCCAAUGACACUGAAUCUUCCGUAAAUGAACUGUGGUCUAGCUUCCGAGAUGAACUGAAAUCUAACAUCAGAAAACUUAUACCUCACAAAAUAGCAAAAUCAAGAAAUGGCUUACCAUAUGUAUCUCCACCUUUGAGGCGCCUUAUGAGGAAGAGGGACAAACUACGCGCACGAAACGAUCCNGUUGUUGUCUUUAAUGUCUUUACAAGUGAACAACAUUUAACGUUUAUAAUGGGGUUGACUGUAAGCUUGACGAAACGCACUAUAACCAGCUCAGAAGGAGCCGACGGGUGCUUUAAAAAUGGCUAG